AUGACUAUAAACACUGUGGACCACUCGGGCGAGCCGGAGCCGGACUUGACGGGUAAUAAUACCAACACCAUCAAUGCCAAUGCCAAUGCGACAACACAAGAUGAGAUCAUUACUCCCGCUCCCGCUCCCGCUCCUUCACCCGCACCCUCGAUAUUAACGCACUCAUCCUCAUCCGGCGCUCCUCCUGCGAGCCCAGCAACGAGCAUUCAUUCUGAAGGCUCGUCUAUUUGGACUAUCGCUUGGAGCGAUGAGAUGCAAAAACCGUCUUCCAGCCAGCGCUGUGCUACGCGAUGGGUCCCGCGCGUGCUUCCCCCUGUAAUGCUGGCCCUCGUUGGUUACGCAACCUACGAUGUUAUUGUCUAUUGCUGUGCCGAGUAUCUGGUUAAACAGGAGAGAAAGGUAGCCGCCGCGGUCGUCCUCAUUGCUUUCUACGCCAUCUUCUUCAUCCUCAUGACCGCAUCCUACCUGCGAUGUUUUUUGACGAUUCAAUUCAACGCUGGUUUUGUGCCCUGGACCGCCGACAGGGAGGCAGUCGAACAAGCGCGAAACGAGCGACUGUCGAAUGGCGGCGACGUCGAGUCACUAUCAUGGGCCCCUCCCGAUACGAACCCCGAUAGCCCUGGCCUCGAGGCCUUCUACAGCAAGGAUGUGUUUAUCUGCGAGAGCGAUGGAAUGCCCAAAUGGUGUUCCGAGUGCAGGAGCUGGAAGCCCGACCGAGCUCACCACUCGAGCGAGUACGGCCGCUGCGUUUACAAGAUGGACCACGUGUGCCCCUGGAUGGGUGGCAUCAUCUCAGAAACUUCAUUCAACUUUUUUGUCCAGUUUACAGUCUACUGCGCAUGUUACUGCGCUGUGGUUUUGGGGGCUAAUGGCUACGUUUUUGUCCUUCGCCAACAAAACGGCCUGAGCGGAGAUGCACGGCUCAUUGUUGGUCUGGCACUCGGUGGCUUGUUCGGCUUGUUCGCCGUUACCAUGGCCUCUACGGCGUUGAGGUUUGCUUUCCAAAAUAUCACCAACAUCGACCUUUUCAGAAAGAAUCAGACUUUUCGAUUGGCCGUUUGGGUUCCCAAUAACACUCAGCCAACAGAACGGUUUGCAACCAUCACCUAUCCCCUCACGCUUCCCGGAGAGCCACCGAGAACCCCGAUACCAGCUCGCUUCCGCAGCGUUGAUCAAUCAGACGGCGCUGCGUCCGUGACAGACCGAAUGGCGGCUAGGGACGAGCAAGCUAAGCGUACAUUCGCCAUCCUCCAGACAGAACCUGGGGAGAACCCAUGGCAUAUAGGAUACCGAAAGAACUUCACGAGUGUCAUGGGAGACUCUGUGAUUGAGUGGCUGCUGCCCAUCCGGCAUUCGCCUUGCACCCGCCACGAUAACAUGGUUAGCGAUUAUGAGUUUGGGCCUCUUGUAGAGGAACUGAAAAGGCGUUAUGGGCUUGUUGGAGGAGAUCCCGAGAAGGAGGCGACUGAAACUACUUCGAAUUAG